GCUGAGGCGGGCGGACAGCUCCGGCCGGACUUGGGGUUUCCUUCGCGGAGGCAGGUUGCCAACCGAGGAUGACCAUCAUGUGACUGGCAAGCCAGAUAACUGAGGCAACUCUUCAGUUUGAGGAGAGCCUCCGCUUUCCCUUCCCCUGAUAUCUGACAUUUGCUUCUGAAGCCAAGAAUUCUUUGCUGUACAUGACCCACCUCCUUCCUAGGUCUUUUCGGAGCCUGUGGAGAAGCAGAGGAAGAAACCAGCACUCAGAGGAGCAAUGGGACUUGAAGUCACUUGAGAUAAAUGGCAGAUCACUGGGAAUCUAGUCUUGUAGCUGUUUGCUUAAGCUUUAUCCCCCUCUGCAGCCCACAUUUAUUCUCAGUGAGCUGCCACUGGCUCUUCCAGUGGUGGCGUUGGAGACACCGAAGGCAGCUUGGUCGGCGCCAAGCUUGAGGAAGUCCGCCUCAUCAUGAUUCAGCUGUGGAAAGUUGUGAGGCAUGUGCGACAGUUGGAGCUCCACAGAUUGAUCCUGCUACUCAUUGCCUUCAGCCUGAUCUCCAUGUGCUUCCUGGCUUAUUAUGUCACCAACAGCCCCAAAAUCAAGGAACCACCCCCAUUGCCGUUCAGUGAUUGUAGCAACCAGCACCGGGUCCUCAUCCAGCCCCAGGCGAGCUGGAGACUUACAAAAUCAGUGGAUAACUCACGCACAGACCCUGUUGUGCUUGUCUUUGUGGAAAGCAUUUAUUCUCAAUUGGGUCAGGAGAUAGUGGCUAUCUUGGAAUCCAGCCGGUUUAAAUACAGGACAGAGAUUGCCCCUGGAAAGGGGGAUAUGCCGACUUUGACAGACAAAGACCAUGGCCGAUAUGCUCUUAUUAUCUAUGAGAACAUCCUUAAAUAUGUGAACCUGGAUACCUGGAAUAGGGACCUGUUGGACAAAUACUGUGUGGAAUAUGGAGUGGGCAUUAUUGGUUUCUUCAAGGCAAAUGAGAACAGCUUGCUUAGCGCUCAGCUCAAGGGCUUUCCCCUAUUCCUACAUUCCAACCUGGGGUUACGAGACUAUCACAUCAACCCCAGUGCCCCGCUGCUGUAUGUGACCCAGGCUAACGAAGUGGAACAAGGCCCUCUGCCUGGCGAUGACUGGACAGUGUUUCAGUCAAAUCACACGACCUACGAACCCGUGUUGAUGGCUAGCACCAAAUCAUCAGAGUCAAUCCCUCACCUGACCACCCACAGAGCUCUACAUGCUACAGUGGUGCAAGACCUUGGUCUGCAUGAUGGCAUUCAGCGGGUCCUUUUUGGUAAUAACCUCAACUUCUGGCUGCACAAGCUCAUCUUUGUUGAUGCUAUUGCUUACCUGACUGGCAAGCGUCUUUGUCUGACCCUUGAUCGCUACAUCCUUGUGGACAUCGAUGAUAUCUUUGUUGGCAAAGAGGGCACACGCAUGAAGGUGUCUGAUGUAGAGGCUCUACUGAACACUCAGAACAAGUUGAGGACUUUAGUCCCUAAUUUCACUUUCAACCUCGGAUUCUCUGGGAAAUUCUACCACACUGGUACCGAUGAGGAGGAUGAAGGGGAUGACAUGCUGCUGAAGCACAGGAAGGAGUUCUGGUGGUUUCCCCACAUGUGGAGCCAUAUGCAACCACAUCUCUUUCACAAUGUGACUGUGCUGGCCGAGCAGAUGAAACUCAACAAACAGUUUGCUUUGGAACAUGGGAUCCCCACAGACUUGGGCUAUGCAGUGGCUCCCCACCACUCAGGAGUUUAUCCUGUCCACGCACAGCUCUAUGAGGCAUGGAAGGCUGUCUGGGGCAUUCAGGUGACCAGCACAGAGGAAUAUCCUCACCUUCGGCCUGCCCGGUAUCGCCGAGGGUUCAUCCAUAAUGGGAUUAUGGUGUUGCCUCGACAGACUUGUGGUCUUUUCACUCACACCAUCUUCUACAACGAGUAUCCUGGGGGCUCCAAGGAGUUAGAUAAAAGUAUUCGUGGUGGUGAACUCUUCCUCACAGUGCUCCUAAACCCAAUCAGUAUCUUCAUGACCCACUUGUCUAAUUAUGGGAAUGACCGGCUGGGGCUCUACACUUUUGAAAGCCUCGUCAAAUUUGUGCAGUGCUGGACCAACCUCCACCUUCAGACGCUGCCUCCCAUCCAGUUGGCCAAAAAGUAUUUUGAAAUAUUUCCACAGGAGAAGAACCCUCUGUGGCAGAACCCUUGUGAUGACAAGCGGCAUAAGGACAUCUGGUCCAAAGAGAAGACAUGUGACCGGCUUCCCAAGUUUCUCAUCGUUGGUCCUCAAAAAACAGGCACCACAGCUGUGCAUUUCUUCCUGUCCCUGCACCCGGCUGUUACCAGUAACUUCCCAAGCCCAUCCACCUAUGAAGAGAUCCAGUUCUUCAAUGGACCCAACUAUCACAAAGGAAUUGACUGGUACAUGGAAUUUUUCCCCAUCCCCUCUAAUGCCAGCACAGACUUUAUGUUUGAGAAAAGUGCCAAUUAUUUUGACACUGAAGUGGUACCGAAGCGAACCGCAGCUCUUCUUCCACGGGCCAAAAUCAUUGCCAUCCUGAUCAACCCAGCUGACCGAGCGUACUCCUGGUAUCAGCACCAGCGUGCUCACAAUGACCCUGUGGCGCUCAACUAUACCUUCUACCAGAUCAUUUCUGCUGGGCCCCAAGCCCCUCAGGAACUGCACAACCUGCAGAGCCGCUGCCUGAACCCUGGAUUGUAUUCUACACAUCUGGAGAGAUGGUUGAUGUAUUUCCCCGCUGGGCAGUUUUUGAUUGUGGACGGACAGGAACUCCGACACAGUCCCACCUCCAUCAUGGAGAACAUCCAGAGGUUCCUGGGGGUUACACCACUAUUCAACUACACCCAAGCGCUCAAGUUUGAUGAAGCAAAGGGAUUUUGGUGCCAUGUGCUGGAAGGAGGGAAGACCAAGUGCCUGGGGAAAAGUAAAGGAAGGAGAUAUGCAGACAUGGAUUCCUCAUCCCGCAUGUUCCUGGCAGACUUCUACCGUGAGCACAACAUUGAACUGUCUAAGUUGCUGAACAAGGUUGGCCAGCCGCUUCCUACGUGGCUCCGAGAGGAACUGCAGAAUUCAAGCUGGAGCUGAAGCUGAGGAUGCUGCCAAACACAUCCACGUGGGGACUAUUGGGAAAAACACACGCCGCUGCCACCUCUUCUCAAAGCGGACCAGGAGGCAGCACAGGGAAUGUGCUGGCCUGAGCGUGGACCAUGCACCUUGGAGUAUUAACCAUUUGUUACAUUUGAGAAAUACCCAGAGAAUAACGUUACACAAAGUAUUGUGCAGUCAUUGGCUUUCAUCCCAAAAUUCUAGGAUCUGACAUAGGAAUGCUUGUGGGCUUUAAUUUCCCAUGCAAGAAAGCCCAGAGUAGACUCCCAUCAAGAACAAAAGCAUGCAAAUGUAUAGGCUACUAGGACAUUCCCUAUUAAUGUCCAAAAUGCUCAGGAAGCUCGGAAGUGAAUGUCUUAAUAUUGUGACUGCUCCCUUAUGUGGUUCUUAGGGUGAAGUCUCCAGAGUUGUUAGUAACUGAUGGCAAAUUGCAUUUCCCUGAUUGCAGCCUUAGUUGUUUCAGUAACUCCAUAGCAGGGGGCAUGGAAGGAGGGAGGGAUCACAGGUGAUGAGAGAGCUGGAAGUUGCAGACAUUCUCAUGUGAGAGGGAAAGCUAGGCAUUCCCAUUUGUAGCAGAUAAAAGAUGGUGAGGGAAGCCUGGUGCUAUGAAGCCUGGUGCCUCACAUGCUAUGAAGAGGCAGGAUCACUUGUCACUAAUCACAGCGGUCUUAACGGUCAGUUGAGGUGACGGGGUUCCAUAGUCUGUUGCAUGGGCUAUUCUUGUGUACUGGGACUUUUCAUGGUGCCCUCUCAUUCCUCAUUUUUAGUAGGGCAUGGAGAUUAUGGGUGAGAUGGAUACAGAGUAUGUCAGUCUAAUACCCAUUUUGCCUCAAGUUCUGCCCUGGUGAGUCGCCAGCCUGCUUUUGGGAUCUAACCCUACCCUUUCAUCGUUACAACCACUAUCUACUUGAGUGGAAGACAGCAGAAAUCCUGCCCAUCCCCUCCAAACAUGCCUUAUGUACAGUGGUCCAGCAAUUGCUCAAGGCAACAAGUGCCAGGCUCAGGGGGGUGGGGGGAGAGGGAGCAGCCAACUUUGGCAGGGUGAUUCCUUGGGGCAACUCCUGUAACUCAGUCUGUCCAUUCGAACCGGGAGAAAAGUGAAUUCAGCCAAGCGCAUACAUUGAGCCUUAGUUAUUGUGCUUUUUAAUGGUGAAUGACCAUCAUUUGUAAAUAUAUAGUAUGGGCUAUAUAAUAUUUCAUUCAAUGUGUCCCCACGCAGAGGGAAAUGUUGUAUAACCAAAAAUGGAACCAACAAACCUAAAACCCUGUGGCUGAAGAGAGAAGCAAGUGCUGUGCUUCCUGCACUGGACUCAACAUUUAAUGUCAUUCACAUUGAAUGAUAAGAAUAAAUUCUCAGCUCUUGCAGCUGAGCACACUGUCUAAAUAAAGGUUAGACGUUGCAUUUGGAGUCAAUAAAUGUGCUGCUUUAUUUC